UUUGCGAGCCUACUGUAUGAGCGAUCCCGAGCCGAGCCAGCCCGAGCCGAGCUCUGGCCGAGCCGAACCGACCGAACCGAGCCGAGCGCUGGCUGGCUGGCUGUUCUAAACACGGCCCGUGCCGUUCGUUCCGUUUCUAGCGCUAGUUCAAUGACUUUAACGAAUUUAAUUGAAACGGGAUGCAAGUUUAAUCGGCAAGUUUUCGCGCGUGUGUGCGGGGGUCGUGUCUGUCGUGUCGGCACGAGUACGGGUGCGGAGCUCUCGCGACGUGAAGCGAACAACAUACCUUCUGACCGGACCGAUGCGAAGUUCGUCCUGAGUGCCUGUGCCCUCGGACUAAAGUGGAUGUUGUGUUAAAAGUGUGGCGUAGUGCACUUGCGGCCCUGUUCAAGUGUUCAAGCUUUCCUCCGAAUGUGCCUCAAACUCCACCAGAGCAUGUUUCAAGACAUCACCGGCAGGAUGGGCCUCAGCAUGUUGUGCCUCAGCUAGCAUCGCCACUACCAUGGCACCUAGGUGCCAUCUUCGCUCUCGCAAGAAGAAGAGAUAAAGAAGACAUGCAACUGUACAGAAGCUUUCAUCAAAAUGAAGUGCUUAAAAAGUGUUCAUUGGCAGUGAUUUAAAAUCUUCCCAAUAUUUUUUAUUUCUUUUUUUUUUGUGUUGGGAAGUUUGUGAGCGUUUUUUCUCCUUUUUUUUCCACCCUGUCGAGGUGAACAUUUUUUUUGUUUUAAUUUUGUUUUGCUCACGGUGAUACAUUGUGAAGUGUGAGUGCACCACCCGGCCCGCCUCCGCGGAGCAUGGAAACGGUGCAACAGACCGUAGUGCACCUGGACCAUGGUGGUAUUAUCCAGCAACCGUCCUCCAUGGCUUAUGCGCAACGCUCCCAGCUACACAGGCCGUCGCAGCCAGCUGAGGGCUUGUCGUUCAAAGCCGCCCAGCGCCCCGUGGUCGUCUCUGCCCCCCAGGCCGCUUCUCACACCACCUCCCCCGCCGUGCCCACGUCUGUGCAGUCCGUGCAGCCUGCGGCCACCCCCGUCAGCACGUCUGGGGGCGCGGCCGGCGGGCCCGGUGGCCCCGGAGGUCCGGGCGUCUACCAGGUGCGCGUCAACGCCCCGCAGCCCAACAGCUACCACCGAGGCCUGCCCGGGCUGCCCGGCCUGCCAGGCCUGCCCGCGCGCGAUGGCCCCGGGCCCGGCCCUGGCGGCCCUGGCGGCCCUGGACCCUCCCCCGCCACGGGGUUGUCGUACUCGCCGCAGAUGGUGUACGUCGCCAGGGAGUCGUCGUACCGACCGGGAGUCGUGCCCGUGGGGCACACGCUCGAGCCCCUGCUGCAGACCCACCCGGACCCCAACCGGCCCUUGGACCGGCCGGCCAACCGGACGGUCGCCUCGGACUUGCCGAGGAUGGUGCAGAUCCAGCCACCCGGCCAGCAGCCCGUCGUGUCGCUCCCCAGGGAGGGCACCGUCGUCCUGCCCAUGAGGCCGCAGAGGAUAUCCGUGGCGACGACGUCCAUCGUGAGCGUGGCCGCCCCCAAGGACGUCCACGUCCAGCUGGAGAUGGUCAACCCACCUGAAAUCCCGCACCAAGACAUGCUGCUGUUCCCCUACGGCCGGAACCCCGUGGUGAGCUCGGCUUCGACUCCAGUGUCAGUCCAUCCCCCGGCGCCGGCGCCCUCCAACCCCCCUCCCCUGGACGCUGGACCGCCCUUGAAGAAGAUCCGGCUGGGGGACGCCAAGCAAGAGAUGCAGCCUCUGAGAGUGGACACUAGGGAACAGCCAGCUUAUACGCCCCAGGUCGAAGCCAUCUCCCCAACCUUGCCCAACGAAACAAAUCAAGACGAGGCGUUUCGUAUUGCCAAGGAUGACCUCCUUAAUCAAAUUCAUAAAAUGGAUCUUGAAAUAGCCAAAGGGGAGAAAGAGCAUAGAUCGUUGAAAAUCAAGGAGCAGGACCUGGUUUUGAAUGCAUACAAGCUUCGCACCAGACACCGCAUCAAGAAGGAGGAACCCGAUGAGGAAAUCUCACCGCCCAAGCAUCAAAGUCCUGCUCAAAAAAUUUAUGCUUAUAACAGACAUUUAGCCUAUGCAGCACACGAUGCACUUGCAAAGCUUGGGCCUGAAAUUCAUUAUCCCCUCUACAAUCAACCAUCUGACACGGCAGUGUAUCAUGAAAAUAAGCGCAAGUACCUGACUUUCAAAGAGACUUUAAUGGAACAUCUGAAGAAGAAGCAUGUUGAAAAUGAAGAACGUGAUAAAUAUUUGGCCACCACCUACUCCAGACUUAUGCAAGAGUGGGUGAGAAAGGUUGAAAGAAUGGAAUCUUCACAAAAACGGAAGGCUAAGGAAGCUAAAAACCGUGAAUUCUUUGAAAAAGUAUUCACUGAGCUACGAAAGGCUAGGGAGGACAAAGAAAGAUUCAACCGUGUUGGUGCUCGCAUCAAGAGUGAGGCUGACAUGGAGGAAAUCAUGGAUGGCCUUCAAGAGCAAGAAAUGGAGGACAAGAAAAUGAGAUCUAUGGCUGUUGUUCCGCCAAUUCUUCUCAAUGCGUCUCAGAAACGCUUGUCAUUUCAAAACAAUAAUGGUCUUAUAGAUGAUUAUAGUACAGAAUAUAAAGAAAGACAAUUACUAAAUGUUUGGACAACUAAUGAAAAAGAAAUAUUUAGAGAGAAAUACUUGCAACAUCCCAAAAACUUUGGAUUAAUAGCCUCCUAUCUGGAUAGAAAAACUGUAUCUGAUUGUGUGCAAUAUUAUUAUCUUAGUAAGAAGUCUGAGAAUUAUAAGCAGCUACUACGUAAAUCAAGGCAAAGGACUAGAUCAAGUAGAAAUAAUCCUGGGAAACCUAACAAUUUGGCCAAUAAUGCAGGCCUUGUAGAUAUUUUAAGUAGCACUGGUGUUACUACUCGCUUGCAGCGAGAGCAGCUUCAGCAGAAAAGAGAAGAGCCUAGAAAUCGUGAACCUGAACGACAGACAACAGAUUCUCCUAAACCACCAGCAUCUAAUUCUCCAAAUACCUUGAAUAAUAGUAAUUCUAUUACAAACUGUGGAGGUGGGAAUUCUAAUUUUAUAGGAUCUCAUCUUCAAAAUGACACAGCAUCUCAAGAUGUAAAGAAAGGGGAGUCCAAAUUAGAAAACAAGAAAAAGGAGAGAAGAAAAGAAGAGAAAAAGAAGAAGGAGAGUGAGCAAAUGGAGUCAAGUGAUGAUGACAUCAGUGAACAAGAGAAGCCCGUGGGCACGCAGCCCUGCAUCCUGUGCAAGCAGCAGGUGGACGGCGUGACACAGUCGCGACUGCUGCCGCGCGCGCAGGCCGCGCAGUACGGGCUCCGCGAGGACGAGGUGGUGGCCGGCGCGCGCGUGUGCAACCCGUGCCGUUGCAAGGCGGUGCGGUCGCGCUACGUGCACUGCCCGCUGCCGUCGUGCCCCAACGCCAAGGGCCGCGUCAAGCGGGUGCGCCCCUUCCCGGCCAAGUGGGCCGAGCUGUCGGCCGAGCAGAAGGAGCCCAUCAUCGCCGAGUUCCAGAUCCCCGUGGGCGUGUCCAAGGCGUGCUCGGCCUGCUUCAACCGCAUCUCGCGCCGCAUCAACCCGUCCGAGGAGAACAGCGCGAGCGGCGACGCGUCCAUGUCGCCCAGCCCCGGGCCCGGCAACUCGCUGCGCUGGACCGAGGACGAGACGGACCUGCUCAAGAAGGCCCUGCGCGAGCACGGCACCAACUGGCAGCGCGUCUCGGAGGCCGUGGGCGGCACCAAGACGCACCACCAGUGCAAGAACUACUACUUCAACUACCGCAAGAAGAUCGGGCUGGACGCGUUGGUGCAGGAGUACCACAAGGUGAGGGAGAACCAUCUCGGCGAGGAGAGGAAGCCUGCGCUCACGGACGAGGAGGAGAGCGGCUCGAGCACGUCGUCGUGCGACGAGGUGCCGCCCAGCACCAACAUCGUCAUCGACAGCGACAACGCGAGCGCCGCCAACGCCCUGUCUGCCUCCAACGCGGCGGCCAAGGCGGCGGCGGCGACGACGGGAGCUCCGGCUCCGGGGACGGCUGUCCCGGGGGCGGGCCCCUCGGCGACGACGACGCCCGGACCCAGCCCUGCCACCACCCCCGCGCCGCCCCCAACAGGCAGCACCCUUCCCGCCGCCCCCGCGGCUGACGCGGACAAGGCGGCCAGCCCGGCGCCGACGCCCACUCCACCCUCGACCACGGCGCCGCCGUCGGCCUCCUCGGUGACGCCGGUGUCGUCCGUCACUCCAGUGACGCCCUCGCCGUCACCGGCACCGGCUGCCAACGGCACCCUGACGCCCGUCCCCGCCGUGACGCCGGUCACCACUGCCAUCUCCAACACGACGGUGUCCUCGACGACGACGCUGACGGCGGGCGUGCCCUCGUUGACCUCCUCGCAGACGCGCACCACGAGCGAGUCCUCGGACCAGCUGAGGCCCACCAACAAGGAGGACUAUGACAGCUCGGCAACGGAGACUGCGGACGAAGGGCAGGGAGGGGCUGAACCGUCGCCGGCAGUCCUCGCCGGGAGCCACCCCGCCCCGGCACCCGCGGGGCAGGCCAACGGGCCCACGGAGCCGCGCGUCACGACGGUCAAGGACCUGAUGCUGAGCGUGAUCGAGGUUUCCCUCAAGAAGGCCCCGCCGAGCGCGGUCAGCGACACGGUCCCGCCCACCAUUUCUUCCAUCCUCAACUCGGACUCCAGCUUCAUGGGGCCCGGGCGUGACUUCCGUCCCGCCGCCGCCACCGCCGACAAGCCGGCCGUCGUGGUGACCAACUCGCACCACGCCGAGCGGCCCGACCAAGCCCAAGUCAAGGACACCGCCAACGCACACCAUCCAGACCUGGCUGCGGGUGCGACCCUGGGUGGCCCCAAGGAGGGUCUCGUGGUGCUGCAGGAGGCGCCUACCAUCCGGAGUGACGCGCCAGAGGACCUGUCCGUCAAGAGGCCGCGCGACGGUCCAGGACCCGGCCCCGCCACCCUGGGCAUCGCCGCGCCCUACCCGGGCCGCAACCCCUCGCCCGCCGCGGCGCCCGGCCUGCAGCACCCGCUGCACGCCGUGCCCCAGGGACACCAAGGGCCUCUCGGUGCGCACGCCAAGCCUCCCACGCCUCAGAUCGCCGCCGGGCAGCCGGGGCAGCCGGGCACCCCCAUGACCCUGUUCUACCACGGCGUGAGUGCCGCCCAGCACCACACGGCGCACGGCGCCCCCGCCACGCCGCACCUGGUGAUGGGUCCCCGCAGCCUGACGCCGCAGCACGGGCAGCUCGCCCAGCACAGCCAGCACCUGAAGCAGCCCCUGAAGGUGGUGCCGCCAACCCACCCCGUGCCCGUGCAGACCAAGCUGUCCCCCAAGUUGGUGACGCACGUGAGCCACGCGCCGCCCAAGGCCGGCUCCAUCACGCACGGCACGCCCGUGUCGUCGCCGCAGCGCUACUCCGAGGGCAUGCUGCGCGGCCACCACCCCCACCAGCCCCAUGUGCCGCACCAGCCCCACCAGCCCGUCGGGAAGGAGGGCGGCGGCGGCUCCAUCACCCAGGGCACGCCCGUGCACCUGCCCACCCGCCUGCCCGCCACCUCCAUGUACUACGACUUCAAGCGGCAGUCGCCGAGCGGUGUGGUGUACCAGGCCGGCGUCCACCCUCCCAGCCACCCGGUGGGUCUGCCUCCCACGCAUCCAACCGCCCCCAGCCCUGUAACCACCACGUCGACGUCGUCCGUGUCGUCGGGCGGCUUCACCUCGCCCUACCCGCACACGGGUCCGCGCGCCGCGCCGUCCUACACUGUGGAGCAGCAGCUCAACUCGCGGCAGAUCAUCAUGGCGGACUACUACACGUCGCAGCAGAUGCACCCGGGCGUGCGCCGGCCCAAUGACAAGGGGUCGCCGCUUUACUACCCGCCCGCGCCCGUCGGGGCGUCCGGACUCUCGCCGCGGGCGUCGCCAGGGCCCGGGGCGCCGCCGUCGCAGCCUCCAACGCCGCAGUCCUCGCCGCAGCCCGUGUCCAAGGCCUUGCCGCACACGCCAGCGCACACGGCGGGCACGACGGUGUACAUCCAGAAGUUCACGACGCAGCCGUCGCCCAUGCCUCAGCGGACUCCACCCCCGCAAGCGCGGCAGAGCAUCAUCCAGAGGCACAACACGACGCCGCAGCCCCAGCCGCCGCCUCCGCAGCCGGCACCGCCGCCGCAGCACCAACGGCCGCUGCACUUCAGCCACCCGCCGCCGGGCCACGAGGCGUUCUCGUCGCUCGUGGACCUGGCCGUGCAGCAGCCCAGCCUGCCCGUGCCGCAGCCGGUGUUGCAGCACCACGCCGACAAGCGCAACGACAGGCUGCCCGACCGGCACCAGGACCGCCACCACGAGGGCCUCGGCAAGACCAUGGUGGACUCGCUGCGUGACCGGGAACGCGACCAGCGCACCCCGCCCGGCACCGACCCCGCCGAGCUCACCAGGCUGGCUGAGAUUCAGCGCCAUCGAGAGUCUCUCAUGAUACAGGUGCAGCAGCAAAGAAGGCUGCAUGAACAGCAGCAACAGCAGCAGCAAAACCACCACCACCAUCAGCAACAGCAACAACAGCGUCAGCACCCGUCGCCCAUCUCUCACCACACUUUGAACCAGGCGCGACUGGCUGACCAGCACCGCCUGAUAGCGGCCAGCCACCCGAGCCACGCGAGCCACAACCCGCGGCACACACCGUCGCCGUCGCCCCAACAUCCCCCCGGGCCGCCGCACGGCCAGCACCCGCCCAGCUCGCAGGCCGCGCAGGUGUCGCAGGCACCCAGCCCCGCUCAGAGGGAACCCAGCGUAGUGAACCGGCCCAGCUCCGUGCCUCAGCCGGGUCUCAGCGGCGGCGCCAGCAGUGCCGCGCCGGCCACGCCGGGCGUGGCGGCCUCCGGCCCCGGCAGGCCCAGCUCGACGUCCGGCGACUCGACGUUGACGGCCGCCAGCGUGAUCGACGCCAUCAUCACGCACACCAUCAACGAGGGCGUGCCCAGCAGCAACACCAACCAUCCGGGACCUCUGACGUCGCGGCUCGGUGACAGAUUAUUCUCGGGCUUCCAUUCAAGUAGUCCUCAGUUGAACGAGGCUUCCAUCAAAUCAUCCCCAUUGAAGGGUUCCGCGACGGCCGAGCCGGGGACGGAAUCUGCCAGCAGCGCGCCCAGCAACAGCACGGCCGCACCCCCGCCCGCCGCGCCCCCGAAGAAGACCCUGAGCGACCACAUCGACUCCCUCAUCACCAAAGACCUGAACGCGCCCAGCGCGCCCAGCGGCAUUGGCGGCUACCCGCGAACGAUGGCCUACCCGCCCACGUUCGGCGUGCCGUCGUCCAACGCGGCGGUAGCGCCGGGCGCCCAGUCGGUGGAGGAGCAGGCCGGGGUGCUCUGGAAGCAGCGGCGGAGGGACGAGCAUGAGGCCGCCAGCGCGGCCAGGGACAAGGGCCGCAGCACACCGCAGCCGCCCACGACUCAGAGCCAGGGCGCGGCCAGCGGACAGGCGGCGGGCGACGAGCGCUCUAUCAUCAGGAUCGCGCAGAUGUCAUCUAGUCCCCGCAAGCCGGGCCAGCAAGUGGAGCCUGUGUCGCCGCCCGAGUCGUCCGCACCCACCCCACCCGCCACCACGGCGCACUGGUUGGCCACCAGCAGCAGCCACACCUCGCCCACCACCGCGUCCUCCGCCGUGACCAGCGUGGCGGCCAGUGCCGUGGCCGCGGACCCCAUGGCCUUCCUGCAGCAGCGGAGGCACUUCGCCGAGGGGCGGGGACACUUGUCCCCCCUGGAGUACGUCAAGAAUCGCAUCGUGGAGGUGAUGCGCACCACGGACGAUGACAAGGUGACUGACAGCCGCAAGGAGGACGGCGAACAGCCAGCCUCCACCGCUGCCUCCUCCAAGACUGAGGGCCGAAGCGUCAGCGGCAGUCCCCGGGGCAGCCCUAACGCCGCGCCCAGCGAGGACAAGAAGGACGACGGGGAGAAGCCCCCUCGGCCAGGGACGGCGCCCGCCACCACCACACAGCCUCACUCCGCCCCCUACGUGCAGACCACCACGUACACCUACCCCUUCUCGGCGCUCAGCGUGCCCCAGGCCGCCGUCGCCCCCCAGACGGGCGCUGCGGGUGCGGCCCCCAAGCCCCCUGCCAUGCUGCCGCCCACACUGUCCAAGGAGCCGGUCGCCCCGGUCGCCGAGCCCAAGCCGCUCCUGUCGUCUCAGUAUGAGGCGCUCUCCGAUGAAGACUAGAUUCAAGAAUCGGUUUCUCCUGCUCAAUUUGUAACACGUUAAGUACCACUUGUGGAUGUACUGCUUAUUCCAGACGUAAUGUUUGUGUAGGUUUUUACUUUGGAGCUCUGGCGGUUUCGUUUGUAUGUAAUUUCGUGUCCUUGGUUGCCGUUUUGUUGAUUUCGUAUUUUCUUUUCGGUCGAUCAGAGCAAUCAUGUUAGUUGCCAUGUUUAUCAAUUAGUCUCAUUGAGGUGACUAUGUUAAAGUUUGGGACAGAGAUGUGGUGGAGAUGGGAACUGGCAUGCAGCUUGCACUGCGGAAGGAACUUAAGUCAGUUGAUGAGACUGUGUUCAGAAACGGGCCUUAUUGUAUAUGCCUUGGUUCUAGUUGUUGAUGAUUUAAAAUCAACUGUAAAUAGAGAUACAUUUCUCUUUGAGAUUAUUCUUGUCAUCCUGUGGUGCAAGACAAACAAGUGUGCAGCACUUUUCUUACCAUUCCACCUGACUUCUCAAUUCACCUCUCAACUACAGGGCUAUGUAAGCUUUUAUAUGGGAUAUUUUUUAUUUCCUGUUAGUGUUUUAAAUUGUCUUAGUAACUCUCUUUGUUAUGUAUUGAAUUUUACGAGGACGGUAACAGGCGUUCUCCCUACCCCUCCUGAGUGACUUGUGUAACUUUUUAUAAAUAUUUUUUUUAUGUUAUGUUGAUAAGAGUCUUUCUGGACUCACGUGAUAAAUGUUGACAUACUAUAUAAGCACUAAUAUGUAUAAGUAUGUGGCUGGGUAAGCUUUUCAUACUGUCAGAAAGGUCUUUGUGUAAAAUAGAUGUGUAGUGUGAUUGACUGCCUCAAUCUUGUACAUAAUCCUACACUCCUGCUGCUAGCUAGGCAUGUUCAAUUUAUUAUAUUAAUUGUGUAAAUAUUUGCUAUGCAUCUGAUAUUUUUUUUCUACGAAUGAACUUAAGAACAAAGAGGGAUUAGCUGUGAUAGCAGCCAUGUACAAUGUGUACAAAUUGAAGAGUCCUGAUCGUUUGUAUGUUCGUCCCUCUUUCCCCUGAGAGUUCUGCAAGUGAAGGGCAAACAUGAUUUUUGCAUUACUGUAAUUUGUUGAUUUUAUUGUAUAUUAGUAUAACAAUUUGUUUUUUUUUCCUUUUUUUUUCUUAAAACCAGUGGUGAUAUCUUAUUAGUGAAAGACGUUCAUAUGGACAGGUUAGGGUAAGCUUCUGCUUGAAACAAUGUGAUUUGUGUUCUCUUCUGUCCUUUUUAUAGUCAUACUUGAGGGGGAAGAGAGUGUCGGACAAAUAAACGGGCAGAACGAUGAACCAGGUGUAAGGGUUGGUACUCCACCUUAGAUCGUUUAGGCGUACUUCCAUCACUCAGUUCUAGUAUGCUAAUUGGGGAGUGGGUUUCAUCUCUGCUGGACAGACUUGCACUGCUCAUCAACUCCCACCCAGUCCCCCUGUAUUAAUGACACAGUGCCACCUCGGUUGACAAUAACUUCUGUGCAUGUUUUUAAAUGAGGGCUUUUAUUAAGGGUAUUGUCUAAAAUUGUUGGGGUUUAUAUAUAUUUUUCUUUGAUUGUUGCCUGGGGUGUUGCUGUGUCCUCCCUUGUCUCCUCUUCUGGACUACAAACUUCUCUUCACCGUCCUCUUUUUCUCCUUCACCAAAACAUAACUAGAAUAUGAGAAAUGUUGUAGUCUCCUUCAGUGUACACAGGUGAAAACAAAAAACGAAACAAAAUGUUAUUUUUGUUGAAAAUAUAAAUCCAUGUGUCCGUUACAAA